AUGGGCUUGCUCCUGUGCAAGUUAUCGAUGCAGAUGGAUGCUGUUGGCAUUGGGAGUGUGACUAGUCUCUUUAUAGGUUUCUGCACAGGCUGGGGAGACCCGCAUUACAUGACAUUUGAUGGAUACUACUACAGCUAUCAAGGGAAUUGUACAUAUGUCCUUGUGGAAGAGAUUAAUAAAUCAGUUGACAACUUUGGCGUGUACAUUGAUAACUACCACUGUGAUGUACAUGAUCCAGUGUCCUGUCCACGAACACUCAUUGUGAGACAUGAGACUCAGGAAGUGCGCAUAGCGAUAGUUACACCAAAUUCCCUACAAGUAGAGGUGACAGUAAACCAACAGGAAGUAGCUUUGCCUUACAAAAAAUUUGGUUUGUCUGUCUAUGAGUCAGGCAUAAAUAAGGUGGUGGAUAUUCCUGAACUUAAGAUGAAUGUAACUUUCAAUGGCUUGUCCUUUUCUAUCAGAAUGCCCUACAGUCUUUUUGGCAACAACACGCAAGGACAGUGUGGUACUUGUAAUAACAACACAGCAGAUGAUUGCAUGUUACCGAAUGGAAACAUUGCAGAAAACUGUGAAACCAUGGCAGAUCAUUGGCAAGUUGUUGAUCCUUCUAAACCACAGUGCUCUCCAGGAAUACUUCCAACAAAAGGGCCUAGCACAACCACAGGCCAGGCCUGCGAAGAAUCUUCAAUAUGCCAGCUUCUGUUAGGAAGCGUGUUCGAGAAGUGCCAUAAAAUCGUUGACCCUGAGAAGUUCUACACAGCAUGUGUUUUUGACAGUUGCACACUUCCCCAGUUAGACCUGGAAUGCUCAAGUUUGCAGGUCUAUGCUGCCAUCUGUGCUGACCAAGGUGUCUGCCUUGAAUGGAGAAGUCAUACCAAUGGAGUUUGCUGUUGUGUUGGAUUGGAUGAUGUGCCCAGAGAGUUUGGAGAAGAGUUUACAAUAGACUGUAAGGACUGUGUUUGCUUGGAAGGUGGAAAAGGCAUUGUGUGUGAGGCUCACAAAUGUGCAGAACAAGAUGAGAUCAGUUGUGAUGGAGAAGGCCUCUAUCAGGUCACUGAAGUCAAUUCUGAAGAUCUCUGCUGCCCCAUUAUCAGCUGCAAAUGCAAUACAAGCUUUUGCACAACUACACCACCCAAGUGUGAUCUGGGAUUUGAAGUUUAUUCUCAUAUUCCCAAUGGUCAGUGCUGUCCUGUAUACCGGUGUGUUUCCAAGGGCGUUUGUGUACAUCAGAAUGCUGAGUUCUUGCCCAAUUCCUCAGUCUUUAUUGAUAAGUGUCAGAAUUGUUACUGCACGAAUGAAGUUAACAUCACCACUCAGCUGAAUGUCAUCUCCUGUGAACAUGUUCCUUGCGACACAUACUGUGAACCAGGAUAUGAACGUCAGCCAGUGACUGGUGAAUGUUGUGGAAAAUGUGUGCAGACUAAGUGUGUUAUACAUACCUCAGAAAGUUCCAUCCUGGUCUUGAGUCCUGGAGAGUUUCAAAAUGAUCCUUACAACAACUGUACCCUUUAUAGCUGUGUAACUAUUCAUGAUCAGCUUAUCUCCUCCACAUCUGAAAUAACCUGCCCAGCAUUCAACGAGGACAGCUGCAAACCUGGAACUGUUACAUUCCUACCUAACGGUUGUUGUAAAACAUGUACACCUCUGGAUAGCUCCACGCCAUGCUCUGUCCGUGAAAGAAAAGACUUUAUCGUCUAUCAGGGCUGCUAUUCUGAGACAAGAGUUGAUUUGACUGAAUGUGAAGGCACAUGUGGGACCUUCUCUCU